AAUAAUAUACUGACACUUCGAUGGGAUUAUUCAAAUUUUUACCGAAAGCGGAAAGAUUUUGUUGGUGUACGAGAAAUUUAAAAUGUGCCUCGUUUAUUAUUAUUUUUAUGGGCAUGAUUUCAAGUAUCAUUACCUCGGCAAUUUUAUGCAAACCUGUUUGCAAAGAACUCUACAAUGUUUCUAGUCCUAUAAAAUUACCUGUGAACAUACUGCGAUGGAUUCUUUUUACAUCUGAAAUGUUACUGUUAGCCAGUGCAUUUGCAUUCUUACUCGGAAUAUUUUGGUCUAUCCGAAUAACCGCCGACAUAUUUAUAGUUUCCAUAUUGUUGAAAUGUUUUUUAACAAUUCUUUAUGCAAGUUUAAUAAUUGUACAAGAGCACUAUGCGCACUGCAGAUGGUAUAACACGCAAAUAUUUAACUUGAUCGUAUACACAAUAAUGUGGUGCUAUUUUGUGAUCAUCAUCAAUGCAUACGAAGGACAAAUAGAAUAG